AUGAAUUUUAGACGUGAUUCAAAGCGUGAAAAGGAUCGAGUAUUAUCCAUUGUUUUGCAUCGACCCGGCAGUUCCCAUUAUUUUGUUGACGGUGAGAAAGUAACGCAGGCAAAAUUACGUGAUGUUGCUGAAAGCUACAAUAUCCAGAUUGAUAAUCCAUGCACGUUCCUGGCACAAGAUAAAGUGAAAAGUUUUGCAGAGCAAAAGCCGUAUGUUCUGCUUAAGAACACGGAAAAAGCUGUUGGGAAAAAACUGAUCGAGUUACACCAAAACAUUCGACAUAUACGAUAUGAUGAGUCACCUGUUUCGUAUACAAAAUAUUUGGAACGCCUUUUGAAUUCUGUGCAAAGUGAAUUGAAAACGUUGGUCCCUCUGACUGAAAAUUAUCGACGACGUGAAACAAUGCGAGAACGUAUUCGACUUCUUCAAUGCAAACAACUCUAUCUGAAGUGUUUGCAAGCAGAGGUGAUCGCGCACGAGAGAAUUAAAUAUAAACGGGUGAAAGAGGGGGAACUCGAAGAGAUGAGGAAAGCAAUGCUACCUAUCAAAAGUCACUUGAAAGAACAGGAAAUUAUCAAUGAAAGGCACAAACGCGAAGAAAAAAAUGCCAUGGACGAAUUGUUGUCAUUACGGAAGGAAACGGAAAAACUGCUUACAGCUGAAUCAGUAGAUGAAUUGAUAUUAAGUGUGACAAAAGAUUAUGAACGAGCUAAGAAAGAGUACAGUGAAUGGGAAGAACGAUUAAGUGCCACACGAGCCGAAUGUGUUCUUUUGGAAGAGAAACUUGCUGCUGCCAACCAAGAGUUCAUGUCUAUGGAGAACGAGAAUGCGGAAGUCAGAAAGGAAUAUUUGGAGUGGAAUAGAAAGGAGGAAGAAUUAGAUAAACAAAAAUCAGUCUUGAAUAAUAAAAUAGCUGAAAUCGAUUCCAAAAUACGAGCUGUUAAGGAAGCGAUCGACAUUGAUCAGCAGCCAUUUCGAAAGAAAUUUGAUGUUCUGAAAGGAAAUGGUAGAGAGAUGAAAUGUGACGAGGCAUGGCAAUGGUAUGAAUCGCAGAAAGAAAAGUUUCGAUAUCCGGUUUUGGUUCCUUUGUUAUUUAUGUCUUUGGUAAACGACGAUGCCGCAGUUUAUUUAGAAAAUAUCAUUGCACGUCGUGAUUUGUUGAUGUUCAUAUUUCGUUGCAAAGAAGAUGAAUUAUUGUUAACGGAUAAACGGCAUCCAUGGAAAAUUAAUUCAUGUAUCAUAAGCGAUGAAGAGAUAACACGCUUUGGAAAAGAGGAGUCGAUACCUGCGCAUUUAUCUUCCCUGGGAUUCACUUACAUGGCAUCAAACCUGUAUACUGCACCAGAUGCUGUGAAAGCAUAUUUGAACAACGUCGCAUCGUUGCACAAAAUUCCCAUUGGUACCCAAACAGCAGAAAAUCGCUUAGAUGAAGUUUGCGAAGCACUCAAGAAUUCUCAUCGUUUGUUUCUUACAAAUUCCUUGCGGGUACGAAUCUCAAUAUCUCGCUACAGUGGUAAUUUGUCGGUUCGAACGGAAGCAUUACGUACUUCCUUGCGACUUCUUACUGUUCAUACUGCUUUACCUAAAAGUAAUACGCAGAGUCUCAGUGAAUUGGAAAAACAAUUCACAAAGCUUAAGGGACUUGCGAAUGAGAUGCGAUUGGUUCAUGAGCGUAUCGGACAGACGGAAAAAAAUAUCGCAGAGGGACGAGAAAGAUGUCGUAGAAAGAUGGAUGCAUUUAUCAAAAAGAAGGAUGCGCGAAAUAUCAUUUCAAGUCAGCUGCGUUCGAAAGCUGCUAGAAUACAUGUCAUUGAAAAUGAUAAACCUGAUUUGAAUAUUGCUGCAAAGAAUUUUCAAAAAACCAAAGAUGAAAUCAUUGCAGAAUCGUUUGAACGGAUUGAAAAAGUUGCUAAAUUGAUGGAAAGAAGGAAAUCACUCAUCCAGAAUGCAUUAUUUGCAAGAUUAAGUGCGAAAAACAUGCUAAAGGAGUUGGAUAAGUUGCGGAAACGAUUGAAUUGCUUUGAGGAGGAAUAUGAGUCUAAAUCGGAAGAAAAGCAACGAUUGUAUGAAGCAAUCGGUAUUGAAGAUCCAUCUGCAAGCGAAGUAACCGAAGCAUUAGAAAUUUUGGAAAAGAAUUUUGAUUGCUAUGCAAUUCCGGCCACUGAUGAUGAGAUCGAACUCGAACUGGCACGUGAACAGGGAAAACUGGAUGCAUUACAUAGUGAAGGCGAAAAAAAGUUAGUUUCGGAUAUUGAACGUUUCGAAAAACUGACACGGGAGAGAGAAUCUCUCAUCAAAGAAUCGGCUGCUAGAAAAAAGAUGUAUGUCAGUGAGUGGGAAAACAAACUCAAUCGCUUGUUGGAAGAGUGGUUGCUUGAAUUAGAAAGUGUCGUUGGAAAACUGAAUCAGCAUUUCAGUUCCUUCUUUGAAAGUAUGGGAUGCUCUGGGGAAGUUCAUCUUUUGAAGCCUGAUGAUAAGCUUGAUAUUUUAAAUUAUGGCAUUGUAGUAACUGCCAAAUUUCGUGAAGGUGAAAGGCUUCGUCAAUUAACGCGUCAAACACAGUCAGGUGGUGAACGUAGUGUGAUCACAAUGUUAUAUAUUUUGGCAUUACAAAAAUUAACAGUAGUACCUUUUCGCUGUGUCGAUGAAAUCAAUCAAGGAAUGGAUCCAAGAAAUGAGAAGAUUGUAUUUAACAUGAUUGUAGAUAUGCUUUGCAAAGAUAAUGAUUUAGCAAAAACACAAUAUUUUAUACUCACUCCUAAACUAGUACCUGAUCUCAAAUUUAACGAAAAGACGAAAAUUCAUUGCAUUUAUAGCGGCGGAAAACUUGUUAAACGUGAAAAUUGGAAUGUUGCGGCGUUUCUUGACAGCAUGCAAAAUGAACAAAUGAUUACAAAUUCAUAA